AUGAUCGCCCCACAGCUUCAUUUUUUGGCUGAUAUAGCUGAUCAAAUGGAACAAAUACAUCAUCAUCAUCAUCAUGAUGAACAUGAUCAAUCAUCAAAUGAAGAAAAUACUCAUGAUGAUCAACAACAAUUAUUAUUCAAAUAUCUAGCAGAAUCAUUACAGAAACAACAUCAACAGCAGCAACAGCAACAAACUGGACCAAUUGAUUUUUCAACAGCAUCAAAUAAUAUUAAAAAAGAAAUCCAAGACGAUGAUGAUAAUGAUGAUGAAGAAGAUGAUUUAGAUAUGCACUCGAAACAAUCUUCUUCAUUAGUCCAAUCCUCCAUGUCAAUGUUACCAUCACUUUUACUUCGUAAUAAACACGGUAAACCCACGCGUCCAUUCAAAGCAUACCCACGUGAUCCAUUAUCAUUACCGCUUGGCUUUUAUUCUCCACUAGUUCCAUCAUCUGAUAAUCUAUUGAAUGUAUUAGCAUCGUCAACUGAUGAUUUUUCUAAACAAUUUCGAAAACGUAUUCAACAAGCACAAGAACGGCUAUUGAAUCGUUCACAAGACUCUCCAAUAAAAAAUGCUAUUGAACAACAAGAAAAAAUUCUCAGUCCAUCAUCAACAACAAAUAAUAUUCCACCUAAAAAACGCUAUAGACCAAAUACACCACCACCAGAAAUUUCAUCGUCAGUUUCAAGUCAACCGACUAAUCAAGAAACAGAUUCAAAAGAUGAUGCUUAUUGGGAGCGAAGAAGAAAAAAUAACGAAGCUGCAAAACGUAGUCGUGAUGCACGACGUGCAAAAGAAGAUGAAAUAGCUCUUCGAGCGGCUUGGCUCGAACAAGAGAACCUUAAACUUCGACUUGAAAAUGCGCAUUUAAAACAAGAAAAUGUUCAACUUCGCUGUCAAAUAUAUGGUUCAGCAGAUUUAUCGAAUUCGUCAACAUAA